GUUUAUGAGAAAGUAACCUUGCUUCUGAACGUCUGGAACAGAUGCGUGGUUCAUGUGUCAUUAAAUUAGAAACUGCAGGAAAACAAAGAACCAUCUGGAGACUUGGUGGGGGGGGAGGUUGAGGUUUCUGGUUAAAUGUAUUAUCUGCACAGGAAAAAAUAUAGUGUUCCAGCUACAAAAGGAGGGAAAGUGUGCUGGGCAUUUUAUUUUGGUUUGGUUUGGUUUUAAACCGUCUUCUUUCCAUAAUUAGGUGGCGCACCAGAAUGAAAGACAUGGACAAUAUCCAAACUGUAAAGAAAGAAUGGGUGUGUAAAUCAGGAACCAGUGAUCAGAUUUUGAAUGGUACAGAACAAAACUGUGAGUACUUUGUAGAUAACCUGUUUGAAGAAGCUCAGAAGGUUGGUGCUAUGUGUGUGCCCCCAACUACAGUCCAGAAUCAGGUUGAUGUCAUCAUUAAACUUUGGAAAAACGGGUUUACGGUAAAUGACAGCGAACUUCGGAGCUACACUGAUGUUGCAAACCAGCAGUUCUUGGACUCCAUUAAAAAGGGGGAACUGCCUUUCGAGCUACGAAAAGUUUUUGAUAAGGAGGAGGUAGAUGUGAAAGUGGAAGAUAAAAAAGAUAAGGUGUACUUGUCAUCGAAAAAGCCAGUGUUUCAUCCCUUUUCUGGUCCCGGUUACAGAUUAGGAAGUGCUACUCCAAGGAUAAUCUCUAAAGUGAGAGAUGAUCAUCAAGGACCUGAUGACAAAAGACACCUGCCUUUAGUACCCUUGAAUGAUUUGGAGCCUAUCACUAACAUCCAGAUCUGGUUAGCUGAUGGGGAAAGGAUAAUUCAGAAAUUCAAUGUUUCUCACAGAAUAAGCCAUGUCAGAGACUUCAUAACAAAGUAUCAAGGAUCGGAGGGAAGUGUUCCCUUCACACUGACGACUUCCCUGCCCUUUCGAGAGCUGCAAGAUGAGACACUCACGCUGGAGGAAGCAAAGUUGCAGAAUGCUGUUGUUGUUCAGAGACUUCGGAAAACAACUGAACCUUUCAGACUCUUAGUGAUAAAAGCACCUGACAAUGACUAUAAAACUGCUGCUACCCCUAACGGACAACUCAAGAAUGAGCAAAAAAAUGCUGUCAGUAGUACAAGAUCGAAUUAGCUUUCAACUGGCCAAAAACUAGAUGCAGGGGAAACUAGGCAAAACCAAAAAUGUAACCAGCAAUAUGUGGAUGCCCUCACAUCCUCAUGCACUGUGCUCUUAGAGAGCAGUAUGGGUGCUGUGCUAUCAUCUGCUGUAAUAAGUAUUUUCAGCUAGACUGAGUGGUCAGAGCCUGGCUGUAUAACAUAGCAGAGGUAACUGUACAGCAGAUCAUCCUUAGAAUUUACUUAGAUAAAAAGCUUCGUAGUUAUUUAAUGAGUGGGUUUAGGUGGAACAGUUCUCUGAGACUUAAUUACUACUGAUAGCACCUUUUAGGGAAAAAUAGUAUUUAUUUUUGCACUUUGGACUAAACUGAAGCAUUUCACUUACAUUGUGGUGUAAACUGCUGCAGGUUGCAUUCUUCUCACAGUAACUUUUAGACAACAGAUGCUGCAGGGAAGCUCACAUUUGGACUCUUAACUUGAAAAUCUUCAGGAUCUUUGGGAUUUAACUUUUAUACAAGAUCUGCAGUGUAAUAAUGUUCUGUCACGUCUGUACAUGAUGGUAGGUGCAUGUGUGAGAGGAUAGAAAUGAGGUAGUCCUGGUGCAUACUGCAUACAAAGUGCCUCAAAGUAAGCUCUGAAGGAAUUGUUAUUACCAAUGGUUGAAGUGGUUUCUGCCUCUUCUGGGCUGCUACGGGUGUCUUACAGAUCAGGUGAUGUUAAACUACCUAGCUCAUUAGCAUACAGAUCCACUUUUAGCUUUGUCACACAAAACCUUCUGCUUUUGUGGCACUGCCAUACAGGAGUAGUGGCUUACAGUUGUUUUUGUAUUCUUUAUCUGCCUCUGCCCUGAACUGACCAGCUGAUUGAGACACUAAUUACACGUAGCCAAGUUUCAAAGAUCUUGAAAAUCCUUAUUUGAAAACUGAGGUUUUUCUCCCCCCCCCCCCUUGCCCCAUUUCCACCCAUAUCUUUUAUUUUGCUAUUCAUGUACUUGAGGCAUAAAAAUUGUAGCCAACUAUUCCAUGUUUUCCUAAAAGAGAAAUCAACAUAAAGACUAAAUAUUUUGUACUGUGUUUACUAAGCAUGUGGAUUUGUGAAUGGAACUAAAGUCUCUAGGUAAGACUUAUCUCAGGACCUUUGGUAGAUGCUGACUAAUCUGUACUACCUAAGACAAUGGAUGAUUGUUGGGGUUGUACUUCUUUUGCGUGGUUAAAUGAAAGAUGGUUUGGGAUUUUGCUGGUUUUGUUCUAAAUAGAAAAUUGCUUCAUUGGAGUGACUUGUAUUCUAUCUGAAAAUUGGGAGACUUCAAACUAUGGGUGUACUUACUUCAUUUCCAGGGAUAUUAAACUGGUUUGCCUCAGCA